AUUGUUCGCGUCCUUAGGUCCUUAGGUCCUUAGGUAGUCCCUUUCAUCCCAAGCUCACCCAAGCUCACCCAAUCAUCAAUAAUUUUAAUCGACCACGACACAUACCUCUAAAUACCGAGUCCAGUUAAUCUGUUCUUAAUAUUUGAUUUCCUACACGAAUGUAGCUAUAGCCGACUAUGGCAUACGAUCCCCGUGGCGAUCAUGGCGCGCCGGGCGGAGGUCAUGAAGCUGGCAACUUUUCAAGGGCUAGAGGUCGACGUGAGUAUUUUGAUAGUAGAUUACGAUUCCUCUCAAGCCAUGGGUGUCCCUCGUUUGAGGCGUUUCAUAUUUGAUGACCUCUGUUAAGGCUUAAAUGGGUGUUUGAUUUGACUCUCCGACACGUCUUUUGAGCCUACUCAUUUUCAUCUAUGUCCAUUGGUGUAUUAAUGCUUUGCCGUAGGCCCUGUCACCGAUUAUGGCUCUACAGUUGCCCAUUGGAUGCGCAAUCGCCAGCCGCGAUUCAAAGGCGCCUUUAGAGGCGAGGUUGAACGGCCUAGUGCUAGCUACAUCGUCGACAUGCUCCCACCCCUGGCAAGAGUUACUAAUCCCGCCGACUCUGUCCCUACAAAACAUCUUCAUUCAUCGUUGAAUAAAAUUAAACACCCAGUCAAUGUUGUACGAUGGACUCCGGAAGGCCGUCGAUUAUUAACUGCCUCAAGCAGUGGCGAGUUUACGCUAUGGAACGGUACUGGAUUCAACUUUGAGACCAUCAUGCAAGCUCACGAUGUUGCUAUCCGGGCCUUAGCUUACUCGCAUAGUGACGACUGGUUAAUAUCAGCUGAUCACGACGGUAUUAUCAAGUACUGGCAGCCUAAUUUUAACAACGUGCAAGUGAUCCAGGGCCAUCACGACCCUAUUCGAGAUCUUGCUUUCAGCCCUAACGAUUCCAAAUUUGUUACGGCAUCUGAUGACUCCUCUCUCAAGAUCUUUGAUUUUGCUGGUGGUGUUGCCGAGUCAACACUACAAGGCCAUGGCUGGGACGCUAAAAGUUGCGACUGGCAUCCUACAAAAGGACUGAUCGUUUCGGGAUCAAAGGACCAUCUAGUCAAGCUCUGGGACCCCAGAACCCAGCGUUGCCUGACCACUCUCCAUGGCCAUAAGAAUACCAUUACUAAGACAUCAUUCGAGCGUGUCAUGGGCUGGUGUCUUGCGACUUCAGCGCGAGACCAAACAGCGAGAAUAUUUGAUAUACGAAUGAUGCGAGAUAUCUGUCUUCUUAGAGGUCACGAGAAAGAUAUUUCAACGCUUGCUUGGCAUCCAAUUCACUCGAAUCUACUCAGCACCGGAGGUAACGAAGGUUCUUUAUUCCAUUAUAUACUAGAUGAACCGAACACCCCGGCGGGGCAGGCCAUCAGCACGGCAGUUUACGAGAGCCCAGAUCCGUUGACAGCACCUGCGCAGUCCAUAUAUCCAAUGCACAAGGUCCCCUAUGCUCAUGACUUCGCAAUCUGGUCCCUUGACUGGCAUCCUCUCGGCCACAUCUUAGCUUCGGGCUCAAACGAUCGUAUCACUCGGUUCUGGUCUCGUGCUCGGCCUGGCGAGACAGAUAUCUUUCAAGAUAGAUAUCAUAUCGGCGAGACAGCUGCGGAAGCUCAAGGAACUUGGGAUCGACGCGGCGGUCGUCGUCAACGUCAAGAGGAAGAAGAACAGGAGCUUGAGGAUGAAGCAGAAGGUUUGGUUGAUCAGAAGAUGCCGCUUAGGCAGCCGGCAUCUGCUUUCCCAGGUCUUCCCGGUCUCUCUUUGCCAGCUAACGGAAUUCCACCUCCGCCUCCUCAAAUCCCCGGAGUCGGUGCUAUGUCUGCGCCAACUACAGUACCACCUCUACCGUUCCCAAUCCCUGGCGCGGUUGGUGCUCCACCUCCACCGCUCCCGGGUGGUUUGGAUCCGAAUAACCCAGCCGACUUUGCCAAGAUAGCGGAGAUGAUGCAAAAAGCCGGCUUACCUCCUCCCCCACCUCCCAACAUGCUCCCACCGGGUUUAUUUCCGCCUCCGAAUUUCCCAAUGCCACCCGGGUUUCCGCCCCCUCCACCUUUUUCACAGGCAAGUGUUGAUAUGCAAGGUACCGAUAGCAAUGGUCGGAGAAGAGCACCCCUCCCUAGUCAGGAAGAAAGCCUACGAAUGGAACAGAAAAAGGGGAAUUAUACUAGAGUGCGUUAGUGACCAUCGAACUCUAUCCUAACACCUUAUAAAAACCUACUUCUAUAAUUUCUACCGUGUUCAGUUGAUCAGGGCAUCCCGCUCGAGCGGGCCAGACAUUUCAUUAGUCGACAAAAGGCGACGGCCCAAUUCGACAAGUAUGGACGAGAAAGAGCUCAUUCCCAGCGGAGCGGGUAGAAGCAAAUGCAUGCAAGGAACACGGAAGGAUGGUAGGACGUCAAGCCGUUAAUCUGACCAGUUUAGAAAAGGUCAGUAUUUUAACUGAGGAGGUCGGGGUCAAUGGAUAAGGCAAUUUUCUUCUUUGUUCGAGGACGUACCGAUCUAAUGAUGUACAAUUGACAACAUUACUGCAUGUUUCGGGAGUAGAGCGUGUACGAUGAGCAUGGACGAUGCCCCUUGGCCAAAAGGGCGGAUACCCCAGGCGUUGAAGGCGUUGUUAGGGGAGUUUAGCUAGGUUGCGAAAGGAAUGGCAAUAAAUUUCAAGAUAACACAUAUCUAUAUCCAUCUGUGCCUCAUUGACAUGGCUAGGUUAGCCUAGAUGUGAUGGUAGUGCUAAUUCUAAGUCUUGGAGGUGUUCUUAUGCUCUUAUUUAU